AUGGGAACGAGUGAAACGACAUCGCCGAACUUUUCCAGCUCGAUGGGAGGGGCUCUGGCGGAACCGCUGUACCAUAGCAUGAUCGAAGAAUUGAAGCAGCUCUAUGAUCCGGCCAAAAUUCAAGAUGGCAUGUUCGGAGCAAUGAUGGACGUGGCUCUCAUAAAUGACGGCCCAGUCACUAUCCAAAUUGAUUCGCGAGAUAGGUAA